AUGGCCGAUUCAUUCAUCGCCUUUCGAUGCAAUCUUGCAACAAUCAUUUCCAGCAUCGGAGAUCGAGCUUGUUUCAAGGAACAAACUUCGCGGCCAGGAAACACACCAAACAAGACAAACUCGUGCCAAACAAGGCUCAACCCAAGACUUGUCCACAAUCUCUCGAUCUCGAUUUUGAAUUCCCAGAUCGAUUUUCAAAAUUGCACCUUACCUUCAACCUUGUUCAGAAUGUUACCAACAACCAAGUCUGCUCCAACUCUAAGUACCAAUACUCCUACAACUUCGACCACAUCCACCAAGCGUCUCUGGUUCUCCCGCCAACUCAACAAGCUCAAUACAAAACUGCACAGGCUACACCCAAAGUACAACCGCACUAACAACUGCGAGGCUGAGGGUCCCACCCGCGAUACUGCUCGCACUUCCUCAAUUGGUGGAAGUAGAGAGGUUGGGAUCAAUGUGCUUGAACAUGGCCAUGACAAGGAAAGCGAACACAAGGCUGAAGGAAUUGCACAAGUUGUUGAAGAGGCCGAAGUAAAAGGAAAAGAGAACAUGCAUCCCCCUGACCUCGCCAGACUUCAGCCUCAUCCUCCUGACCUUGCUCCAGCUUCUGCUUCUGCAUCUGACGAUGAGAAUUUGCAACUCCAAGACUUUCACAAGGAGACAGCUCAGAAGAAUGGUAAUCCAACCAACGCCCCUCUUUCAAGCUCUGGUGGAAAGACCGCUGGCUGUUGUGCUAUCUCAGCAUCGAAGUCAACCUCCAUUCUAGGCUCAAGUCUGGGAGCCGGAACACGUACAAUCGAUUUCGCUCAUCCACGGCAAACCAUGGUGCCCUUUACUGGCGGUAAGGGUGCCGAGGAAGAUUCAGACGCUGUUGCUGGUAGUACAGAUGGAGAUUUUGGUGCAGUUGUUUAUGGAAGCGCAGGAGGAGGACGCACGAUCGAGGGUGAAAUCACGAAGAAUACGGCGCUGAACAGUCAUCCUGUUGCGGGGCUGUUUAGGGAGGUAUAG